AUGGCAUCCAGUUCGGCGCAAGUGGCCGCGCAAGCGUUGGGCGCGUUGGCGAGAAUGGGCGCGUUCGUGGGGAUUGGCGCGACCGCGGUGUCGAGCGCCAUGUACGACGGUACGUUGCGCAUCGCAUCUCUCUCGCUCGGGGAUUUCUUUCCACGGGGAGAGAAGCGGAUCGGAUCGAUCUCUUGGUCUUCUUCUCUCUCUCGUCUCCUUUUAUUAAACCUUUCGGUGUUGCUGUCGUUCGUAAACGCGAGAACUGACCCUGAACUCUUUCACUACUUUCACUCUUCUUUUUUAACGACAACUUUAACAGUGGAUGGAGGCGAACGCGCGGUGAUGUUCGACCGUUUCCGAGGCGUCUUGAAAGACACGAGCGCUGAAGGCACGCACUUCAUGGUGCCGAUAAUCCAAUCGCCAACCAUCUACGACGUACGAACGCGACCGAAAAGUUUGAGUUCAGUCACCGGGACGAAAGAUUUACAACAGGUGAACUUGACGUUAAGAGUUUUAUGCCGGCCGAACGUGGAACAGUUAUCGACGAUACACUUAAACUUAGGUCCCGAUUACGACGAUCGAGUGUUGCCGUCGAUCGGGAACGAGGUGUUGAAAGCGACCGUGGCGCAAUACAACGCGGACGAGUUAUUGACGAGAAGACAGGAAGUGACGGAACAAAUCGCGAAGAGUUUGCGGAAACGCGCGGAUGAUUUUGGGAUUUUGUUGGAGGACGUGGCGUUGACGCAUUUGAGUUUUAGCCACGAGUAUUCGCGAGCGAUUGAGGCGAAACAGGUGGCGCAGCAAGACGCGGAGAGGGCGAAAUUUGAAGUCAUGAAAUCCGAGCAAGAGAGAGAGGCGGCGGUGAUUAGAGCGGAGGGGGAAUCCGAGUCCGCGAAGUUGAUUUCGCAGGCCACGAGAAGCGCCGGGCCGGCGUUGAUUGAAUUGAGAAGGAUCGAAGCCGCGAGAGAGGUGGCGAAGACGUUGAGCGGGAGUAAGAACAUCGUGUAUUUGCCGGGCGGGAACGGAAGUAACAUGUUGAUUGGCGUGAACCCGUAG